UUUUAACUUGUAAAUUAACAUUGAAAUAUGCUUUCAUACAAGUGUGAAUGACCUGUUUUGUACACAAUUGUAAAUCUCCGGCCAAGAGUGUGAAGGUGCAAAGCCUGUAGGGGCGCAAAGUGGGUGGAGUAUUAAAGGAAUGCCUUUGGUCCAUCUGUCAGUUUAUCCGUCUGUCUUUCUGUAAUACUAUCAUUUAUGCUCCAUAUCUGCUAUACCCUAUACAUUUUAAUGCCCCCGGAUCGAAUGAUCGGGGGUAUAUUGUUUUUGGCCUGUCUGUCUGUCAGUCCGUUAGUCAAUCAUUCAUUCAUUGUGUGUGUCCCAAAACUUUAACCUUGGUCAUAACUUUUGCAUAUUGAAGAUAGAAACUUGAUAUUUGGCAUGCAUGUGUAUCUCAUGGAGCUGCACAUUUUGAGUGGUGAAAGGUCAAAUAUAUGGCUUCAAAGCGGCACAAUAGGAGGCAUUGUGUUUCUGACAAACACAUCUCUUGUUUUUACAUGAAACUUGCCUCAAAUGAAACAGGCAUUGAGACGCUUUGCAGACGACAUUAUUCAGUCAUGCUGGCUCAAGGUCUUCCUUCAAGGCCAAAGGUUUUAGCCUCAUUCUGAAACAUGCCUCACAUGUUAAGGUCAUUUCGAUGAUUUGGGAAUGCAUGAAUCAUACAUGCAGGGUCAAGGUCACACUUCAAUGUCAAAAGUUAGUGCCUUUAUAUUUGUUUCCCAUUUUGAUCUUCUGUACCUAUUCAAAGAUAUACAUGAAACUUGGCAACACUGUUCAGGUCAUUGAGACAAUGUACUGAAGGCACAAGUCUUUAAUGCCAGAUCAAUGUCUAGGUUGCUGCAGAAUGUCGAAUGUAAUCGCCUCAAUUCCGGGGUGCACUUCUUAGCUGCCAUACCCUUUGAAGGAUUUUCAACUUGGGCACAAUGAUAAAGUCAUUGGGACUGUGUGCAAAAGUUAUGUUAGUCAUGCUGAUUCAAGGUUAAGGUCAUACUAUUAUGUUGAAUGUUUGAGCUUCAAAUUGUAUGCAAGUUUUAAUCUUCUACUCCCCUUGAAGGAUUUUCAUGAAACUUGGCUGCAGUGUUACCCUCAAUAUGACAAUGUAAAUUGUUUUUAGAUAUGCCUCAUAUCCCUAAUACCAAUUAUAAGAUUGUCAUGGAAAAUUUGUGUCUUUAAAAGGUGUCCAGAAGUCAUGAGUCGAUCACGCUGGCUCAAAAUUUAGGUCAAAACUUCAAGGUUAAAAAAAUCUCCACAGGGCAUAUAGCUUUUUGAGACUACAUUGUACUGUUUUUGUCUUACCGUCAUCCUUAUAAUACCACUUCAGAAUGAAAUUGAAAUAUGAAAGACAUUAAUCUUUUAAAUACAUCCGUAUUUUACAUCAAUUUUAAAGUGUUUGUUAUUUGUUCCCUAUUUGGUGAUUGCGCAUUACUGUACUGCACAUUCGCAUCAUGUAGUUUUUAUUAGAGUUUUGUGCACAUCAAGUACUCUGCAUGGUAUUCUUAAAACACAUGUAUUAGCAGGGACCUAUACAAACAAGCUUGUUUGUAUUGGUCCCUGGUGUUAGUUAAUUCAUGGAAACUCCUGUUGACCGUUAAUAUUUUCCUGCAGAAGUGCAGUCUUUGCUGCAAAGAUAUUAAAAUUUCUUUUGCUCGUCUCUCACUGGACCCAUUAACAUGUGGCGAUUUGUGAGGAGGAACAUUAUUAGCAGCCCAAUCUUAAAUCAAACAUGAAAUAAUGCAAUUAACCUGCUGUGAAUUGUGCACUAGGCAUGUGAAUACCCAAUUCAGGGCAGGGUUUGUUGGAGCAACUCUUGAAUGUCAUUCAAUUAAUAUACAAACAAGAUGUGUUUGUGAAACUCUAUGUCACCAUAUAUUUGACAUUGAAGGAUGACCUUGACCUUUCACCACUCAAAAUGUGCAGCUCAAUGAGAUACACAUGCAUGCCAAAUAUGAAGUUGCUAUCUUCAAUAUGGCAAAUGUUAAAGUUGGCGCAAACCAACAGACAGGGCAAAAACUACAUGUCCUCCACUAUAGUAGUGGGGGAAAUAAACAUGUUAAAAUUAUCUAGCACUGUUUACUUCAAUUUCUCAAGGGAUUAAAUUACAACCUUCAAUGUCAUCGACACAAGAGUAGCUGUAUGGGAAGUCUAGCGUGUGUCGCUAAGGAAGCCGAUGUGGUAUUCGUGGUGGAUACAUCGGGAAGUAUAGGCAUCGACAACUUCGAUAAGGUGAAGGGGCUUCAUUAAACACAUCGUCAGGACAUAUGAUGUAGAUCCUCGGUACACGCAAGUGGCUAUGGUUGAAUUCAGCACUAACGCCAGAAAAUAAUAUAAAUGAACAUUCCAACUUUACGGAUCUCAUAGCCCCAAUAGACAACAUCCACUACUCUGGGGGCGGCACUAUGACGUCAGACGCUCUGGAGUUGAUGCGAGGUCCGGGAUAUGAAGGAGAGCGGCCCGGUGCACCAGACAUAAGCAUCGUGAUCACCGACGGGCUUUCAAAAUACCCGUCAAUAACGAAGAUCCAGGCGGACCGGGCCAAGGUGGACAGCAUCACGAUGUUCUCCAUUGGUAUCGGGAACCAGACGGAUCCGACGGAACUAACGGGACUCGCCAGCGGACCGCAGUUCCAGUUCCAAGUCGAAGAGUUUUGGGCUCUCUCGAAAAUCGACAAUGUCCUCGCGAAUUUGGCUUGCGGAGCUACCACAAUGACGCCGACGCCCGCCGGCUGUGUGGACCAGGUCGACUGCUCUGGAUACUACAAGGAUUCUUGCUCCGACUUUGGGCCAUACGCCCGCGGGCACUGUGCCAAGACAUGUGGCUUCUGUGGAACUGAGGUUGAAAGUCCCUGCAAGGACGCGAUUACGAACUGUGGAUCUUACGGAACCUACAUGUGCUUCGAUAUCAGCCAGUAUCAAUGGGUGGACAAGAACUGCCGAAAAUUCUGCGGUUUUUGUGGCAACAAGACAGAGGUUCUGAUCGAGUCAUCCACGGUUACAACUCCCGUUAUUACCACUCAGACACAGUGUGCUGAUUUAUUAACUUGUCGGGAGUAUAACGCCGACGGUCUCGGGUCAUUUCGCCCUUAAUCCCGUUCGCCCUCUGUCACCCCGGGUCGUUUCGCCCUUACAAGUGGGUUGUUUCGCCCUUAUUUAAUUAUUAUGUAAUAUUAGGCUUUUGUAAAGGAUUCUUUCGCUCCGAAUAGUAUUUGUUUAAAAUAUAUGGAAAAUUAAGAUUUUUAAUACAAAUUUUAUUAUUAAUUGCAAUUUUAAUUUAGUACUUGUUUAUCAUAUAUGGGAAAUUAAGAUUAUUUAAUUAUUACAAAUUUGAUGUUUGCUCAAUUAUCCGUUUGAUUUUAAUUGCAAUUAAUUAACGGAAACGUUAUGAUUCAUUGUGUUACAAACGUAAAGUAUUACGAUUAAUUAGUUUGGCAGAGGUAUGAUGCAUUGAUUUGCCAAUUUAAAUAAUUUCGGGAUCAAUUUAACAAUUAUCAAACACACUUAGAUCGGAAGACGUGUGAUCAGAUGAUUGACUAAUUACUAGCACAGAAACAUCAAAAGGAGACAUUAUAAAGGCGUGAUAUUGUUUUUAUAAACUUUAAGCCAGUUUGCAUCUUUUGAUCUCAAGAUAUUCGCCGAAAGUGUAUAUAAAAAGCAACUUGGCCAUGGCAGCGUCAGUCGUGAAUUUAUAUUUCGACACGUUCUUAUGGCAGACGAAUUGUGUAUUUCGUGUGAUCGGAUAAUCUCACCUCGCCAACAUGCCAUCACAUGUGAUUUAUGUGACAGAAGGCAACAUCGGACAUGUGAUACAGGUACGAGAUGCUUAUCUAUUUUAUUUAUAUUUCGUGUCGGCGCUAUUUGUCUGCAUGUUGUCGUCGUUAUAAAAUACGCCGUUUGUCAUAAAAUUUUAUGUGUAAUAAAAUUUUUAUAGUUUAAUAAUUAAUCAUUCUGUCCAUUCUUCGAUUUGCGGUAUUAACAAAUAUUAUUUCUACCAUAUUUCAACUUCAAUUAGCUUUAAGCGCUGACACUCUUUGAUGAAAGAUGUAAAUAAUUAAUUAAGUCGGUGAUGUAAACAGCCCAUUUUAUUCUCUGUUUACUGUAAUUUUCCUUUACAUCUUUAUGUUUAUUUGUUUAUUGAUUCUAUCUUCUCUUUAUUAUUAGUUCAUGUAUUAAAGAUUGUAACAUCUUCAUGAAUUAAAUGUAUGAUGUGACUUUAAAAUGGAAAAUAUGCUUACAAAAUGCGUAGUGCAUAUGGAAACCGGGUCUUAACGCAAUUUGUAAAACUGUUAUUAUUUUGAUAUAUGCUACAUACUUUUCUUUUAAUAUUUAUUUCAAUAUUUACACACAUUAACAGAGCUUUACAAUAUGUACACAAUUAGACAUACAUCUAUAUAUUCUUUUUAAAGAUAGAAGUUUACGCACUUGCGUUAAGACCCGGUUUCUCAAAGCAAUACUCAUUUUGUAAACACAUUUUCCAAUUGGAAGUUCAAAUCAUGCUUGUAAUUUAUGAAGUUGUAGAAAUAUUUAAUACAUGAACAAAUAGUAAAUAAAAAAUAUAAUCAAUAAACAAAGAAAUAAUGCAUGCACAUAUUUAUUAAUAACUAUUUAUUAUUAAGAAGUUAAUAAUUUGUCAUAAAACAAUAAACGCAGAUCCCGUUACGUAUGGAAAACUUAUUGUGCACACAAUUAUAGGAAAAAAACGUAAACCGCGCAUAUAUGUUUAUUAUACCUACAUGUAUUUGGUUGUACGAAAAAAUGAUUAAUUUUACAAUAAUUCUCAAUAUUACAAUUUUUACAAAAAUCAAAUGUUUAUUUAUUUAAUACUUUAAUAAAAUUUACCAACAUUUUUAAAAUUUGUACAUGAGUUACGGUUCUACAUUAAUAAGUUAAAUAUUAAAUUGUAAAGCAUUAACAAAUUAAAAAAAUAUUUAUUUAAGUAUUCCAUACUACAGCCUUACCUCUAUACAACCCCUAUCAGUAAUAGCCUUAUCGACUUCUCGAUAAUCAGUACCCUCAUCAGCUCUGAAUGACUGACAGAUUAUUUGUUUAUUGUAAUUUCAGUGGUGAGAAAUACGGUAUUGUUAAUUAACAAUACAUUAUAAUUACAGCUGCUUGGUUGGCUGUACGGCGCGUUUUUUUCUGGCGUUACUAUCAAGGGUUGUGUGUUUCACUGGACACAGGCUGUUUGGCGAAAAGUCCAGGACCUUGGGUUAGUAACCACGUACAGACGUCGACAGGCACUGUACAACUACAUGAGGCAGCUGAUGGCGUUGCCCUUCCUACCAGCUGCACACAUACGGGAGACGUUUGCAGCGUUGAGAGACCGCGCGAACACUCCGCAGCUCGAUUCCCUCGUGACAUACAUGGAUCGUCAGUGGCUCCAGCACGUGCUGUUCAAUCCUGAAAACUGGUCCAUAUUUAGACGUUCAGUACGGACAAACAAUGAUGUCGAUGGUUGGCACCACAAGCUGAACACUACCGUUAGAUAUGGUGGCUGCUCCAUCUACGUUCUUGUACCAACCUUGAUGACUGAGGCAGAGAUCGUCGCUAUCGCAGUAGCUGCCGACGACCUGGAUCGUGAUGUCGCAACCAAAUAGACCAAAUUGGAGGAAAAGAUACAAUCCCUGUGGGACAAAUACAUGGGGAAUGAAGUAUCCACAACACAUUUCUUAAAGUCCGUGUCCUGAUGUUUUGUUUAUUAAUAAAUAUAAAAUGAAAUCUGUAUUUCGAUGUGAUUUUCUCAGUUGUUUUAUGUUAGAUAAAAUAAAAUGUAUGUCAAAUUAUUGUGUAUGUGUGCUUCGACAUUGUGUUGAAUGUUUUGUUUAUACAUGUGUAUUCUUAUUAUUCAUAUUACAGCUAUCAAACAUAUUAGAGCUAUCAAAAUAUAUGCAAUAUAAUUAACUUUGUACUUUGUUUUAUUUCAAAAGACAAAAUAAACAGUAAUUAAGAUAAUAUAAUACUGUAUUAAACAAUAUCCCAUUCAGCUUCUGACAAGUCUAAGAUAAAUCCUUUAAUAUCGCUAUACGUAUAAAAAUUAGGGCGAAACGACCCAGGAAUUAGGGCGAAACGACCCAGGGCGAAACGACUCGGGGGGCGAAACGACUCGGGGGCGAACGGGAUUUAGGGCGAAACGACCCGGAUUCAACGCCGACCUGUGUACAAACUCGGAGUACCGAGGCUUUGCUGAGAAGAACUGCCGGAGAUACUGUGGCUACUGCCUGGCGGAUAUUCACACCGUGACGCCCCACACGACCGGAGACAGAAGCUGAUGAUCGAACGUUCAUUUCGUUUUUUAAACCACUGUCGAUUUUUAUUUUAAACUUAACAAUUAAGAUAUAUCAAUCUAACAAUGCGCAUGCCGAUUCGAAGCCUGUGGCAUUUUAUUUCGUUCAUAUUUAAAUUGUUAGCAUCACAAUAUGUGUUUUGUGUAUUUUAUAAACAAAAUAGUUCACGUUAAACAUACACCCUAAUGUAUUUUUUGUAUUAAAAGUAUUUGUAUAGUGUAUGACCUUAUUGAUUUUGAAACCUUUAUUCUUUUUUAAUGAUAGUUUCGUUAACAGUAUAAUACCAAUUUUUUUAACUAUAUUUACUCUGUGGAUUAUCUUAGAUGUCAUAUCAUGUUCACAGGUGUCCGGCUUGGGUACUACACAAGGAGUGUAGGCUUGAGCGUGAACACACCAAUUGAUGCCCGGUACCUAUAUGCACGGAUGGAUUCAAACUUUUAGUGAAGCGCGCUUGAAUGUAGCAUUCAACAGCGGACUUCUAUUAAUUUGGCUCGCCUUUGAAAAGAGUCAAAUAUUUCUCUCAUUAUAGUUAAAACGCACAUUUAGUUAUAGCUGUAUAUACCAAUUACGCUUAUAAUGUUAAUAUGCUUUUGAAUACGACUUUGAUAUAUAAAACAGUCUAAAUGGGUAAUUAAAAUGUUUACUAUUGAAUACAAUAUGCUUAGAUAUAAAACUCUAUACUUGUGACAAGUUGUGUUUUAACGUGUUUAAUUGUUAUAUUUUCAUAAAUUUAUAAAGAAACAACGGUCACGUACUAUAUAUGUUUUGCUUUUCAUUGUAACGCCAAAGAAAUUAACAUGUGUGUCAGUAAAAGUAUUCUUAGAAAUUUGAAUAAUUUUUACAUUAUAUAGAGUUUAUUUGAUAAUACAGUUGACAAUAAGUCCAUGAGUAUACAUGAAAUGUCAAAACAAUAUACAUAAAACAAAGUUACAGGUCAUUCAAAUUAUAAGCAUCACACAUAAAGAUCGGUACAUUGUCCAAAGAGCAAUUAAAAAAAAAAUAUUGGGUAUUUUAGAAAAGACAAUAUACAGUGAGAAUCGGUGCAUAAAUAUAUACCAACAACCAACACUAAUCAUAAUAUGUAUUAUACGUAUUUCUUAUUUCCCAUGCUGUAUAAAUAUACAUAGCUAAUUUUUUAACAAUAUUACCAUUUUGAGAGGUCAAUAAAUCUAUAAACUUUAACGUAUUUGGUCUUAUGUAAUAAUACGGUUUUAAAUAAGCUUUUCUGACAUCAGUAUAUAAUGUACACUCCAUAACAAAGUGGUACUCAUCUUCUAAAAUAUUGCAUAAAAGACAUUUUCUUUCUUCAUAAGGAAUAGCUAUUGGUUUUUACCAUCUACCCGUUUCAACUUUAAGCAGAGACUCUUAAUCUAGAGAGGGCCAUUCUGUAUUUUGGAAUGUUUACAUCAUUUAAAUAGGAUUGAAAUUUAAAAUCGGAUAUUUAUAUGUAUGCUUUUGCUCUAGUUGAUUCAUUCAAUUCGUUUUUCCAAUUUUGUAUAAACAUAUCCGUGACUCUUACUCUAAAGAUUUUCGAAAACAUGUCUACAUCCCCUACCCCUUGAUUCAGCCACACAUCGUUAAAACCACAAUUACCUAAAAGACUUUUUACAAUGUAGAUAUAUUUGGUUGCUGUUUGUUGUAAUAUCUUCAUGUCAUAUUCACGUUAACUGGUUGUGCUUUGUUUUUGCCAUGUCUUUGUAUAUUCUGUGAUAAAGAGGCAUUUGAAUAAAAAACAAAAUGUU